AUGGGUACUGAUGCGGACUUUUUCAGGGCUGUGGAGCGGCGGGACGCGGAUCUGCUACGUCGUCUCAUUGCGGAAGGGCACAAUGUCAAUGUGCGUGGGAGCCGCAACCGCACGCCGCUGCUGAUGUGCGUGUGGGAGGACUACGCCGAGGGGGCGCGGCUGCUGCUUGAGGCGGGGGCCGAUGUGAAUGCCCUCGACGACCUGCACGACUCGCCGUUCCUCCUCGCCGGGGCGGAGGGGCGGACGGCCAUCAUGCGGGAUAUCCUCCGACUCGGCAAGCCGGACAUGGCGCUCCGCAACCGCUUCGGCGGCUCCGCCCUCAUCCCCGCCUGCGAGCGCGGUCACGUGGAGAUUGUGGAGAUGCUCAUCGACGCCGGCGUGGACGUGGACCACGUAAACAACUUUGGCUGGACGGGGCUGCUCGAGGUGAUAGAACUCGGCGGAGACGACUUGGACCACGUGAAGAUUACAAAGGCACUCAUCGACGCCGGCGCAGAUGUUAAUUUGGCCGACAACAAAGGCAAUACACCACUUCACUUGGCAAGGAAGCACAAAUUGAGGCGCGUCGCUAAACUUAUCGAAGACGCUGGAGGACAUGAGUGA